ACCGUUCCAUCAACCUUCAGUCGUGUUCUGUAUCUGUUUCGUUGAGUCGAUUGUUUAUCGGUUCAGUGACAAUUUAUGAUCCGUGAUUCGCGAAAAAUAAUUUUUUCAAAUCAAUUUUCAACUUGUUUCUAUAUUACUUUUUAACGUAUCUAUUGUAAUUUUUGUAAUUAAUAUUUAACAAUUUUCACAUCGCUGGAAAAUUUUUAUUUUUAAAAUUGUCGCUUUUCGCGCCGAUUGUUGAAUGAAGUUUUUCGAGUGUUGAUUGAUAGUUUUUUUUUGACUUCAAGUUUUCAAGUUUUCUUCGCUUUGCUGUAAUUGAAGAAGAAGAAUUCAUUGAUGGAUUACGAGUAAUCAUUGCAUUGGAUUUCGGUGGUGAUUGUAAUUUUUUCGACGGCUGCAAAAUAAACUUAUUUCGAUGGUGUUGUGAUCGCUGAAAAUUCAUCGCGUAUUUCCUCGCGGACGUGGGAAAAAAAAUAAAACGACCGAUGUCCUGCAAAUGAUACACGAAGAAUAAUUACACGCAGAUGCAAUACGCAACGCUCGUGAUGAAAAUCACUUAAUAAAAACGUGCCAUCGAUUGUAAUCGAUUUUACAAGCUGAAAAAAUGGCGGAUUCAUCGCCGAUAAGUGCUGCACCGAAACGAGAAUGGAAGAAACGGUUCAGCUUAAAAGCGAACCGAAGACCAGCCUAUGACGAGGGCUGGUCUAGAAGAUGCGCAAGUUUACGGCAGCACAUUCGAGGAGAACCGCAAACCCCCACCCAUGCUAGUCUAUUGCAUUCAGAGUCCGUAUCAACACCACCAAUUCGUAAAAGUAACUGGGAAGUUAUCGAGCAUUUUAAAUCGGAUCGAACCAUGUCAGUCAAUACAUCUCCCUCGUUACUUGGAAGUGGCGCCGUUAGCAUUCAAGAAAUUGCAGAAGAAGAUGGUACCGGAUGCGUGGAAAAUGGCGCUCAACCUACUCAAGAAACGGUGCUCAUAUCGAAAGAUAACAAGAAAACCGAAACCAUUACGUUAGAAAAGUAUAAGAACCGAGGAUGGGGUAGAAGAUUGCAGAAAAGACUGUGCUCGUCGCAUAGAUUUAAAAAUUUACAGGUCGAGAUGUUGUACCAAAGGUAUUUUUUAAGAACGAAUCAAAAUCAUAUGACCCAUUUACUAUGGUUAUUACUUAUUUUAUGUCUAAUUUUGGGAGCUUUACAAUUAACAACGAACGGCACGAAUAAAGCUUGCGGUUUCAUUUUAUUAGCGAGCUCGGUUAUAUAUGCGGUGUUAGUCGGAGUGCUAAUACGACCGGCGCAAAACGAAAUGUAUUUGCUAUGGGUAUCGUACGCGAUUUUAUUAACCUUUCUGCUGCUGGAGCUUUUGCUGAGCUUCUUGAACGAUACGCGUUUAGUUAUGGCACCAGCUAUGCUGUUCACAUACAUCACGUACAGUCUGCUGCCAGUUAGAUUACAACAGGCUGUUACAGCCGGUAUCAUAUUAUCAGCUACGCAACUUUUGGCAGCCUUCUUUUUGGAUAAUACACUCACUAUGGAAUCGGAAUCGGUAUUUUGCAAUGUGAUAAUUUAUGUUUGUACCAACAUGACCGGAAUAAUGACUCAUUAUCCCAGUGAAUUAGCCAAGAGGAGAGCAUUUUUAGAGACCAGGCAAUGCAUUGAAGCCAGACUGACCACUCAAAGAGAAAAUCAAAAACAGGAACGUUUGCUGUUGUCUGUGUUACCGAGGCAUGUGGCGAUGGAAAUGAAAGCCGACAUCGCUGGAAAACCUAAAGAUACUAUGUUUCAUAAAAUAUACAUUCAGAAACACGAAAACGUCAGCAUCCUAUUCGCUGAUAUUUGCGGCUUCACCUCGUUAUCAGACCAAUGCACCGCCCAAGAAUUGGUUAGACUGCUAAAUGAACUGUUUGCUAGAUUUGAUCGUCUGGCUCAAGAACAUCACUGUCUGAGGAUAAAGUUACUGGGAGAUUGCUACUAUUGCGUGUCUGGUUUACCUGAACCGCGCCCUGAUCAUGCGCAUUGCUGCGUUGAAAUGGGUUUGGAUAUGAUCGACGCUAUCGCGUUAGUGCGUGAAGUCAUGGGUGUCAAUGUAAAUAUGCGAGUAGGUAUUCAUACCGGACGAGUACACUGUGGCGUGUUAGGCUUACGCAAAUGGCAAUUCGAUGUUUGGUCGAACGAUGUAACUUUGGCCAACAACAUGGAAAGCGGUGGCGUACCAGGUCGCGUCCAUAUAACAAAAGAAACGCUGAAAUAUUUGGACGGAAUGUAUAAAGUGGAGCCUGGUAAUGGCGGAGAGCGUAAUUCGUAUUUAAAAGAUCACAACAUCGAGACGUUUUUAAUUGUACCAGACGACGUUGGAAUAUCAUACUCGCGACAUAAGCAUAGAAAACCUAAUUCAGGCUUUGCUCAAAAUGGUAACCUGUCCAAGGAGUAUAGAAUUAUGGGACAUAACCCUCAAUAUUGCACUGCCAAUAAUAUGAAUUACGAAGAUUUAAAAGACGAAGUGAACGAGUAUUUGUUGAGAGCCAUCGACGCCAGAAGCAUUGAUCGAUUGAGAACUCAGUAUUGUCGUCCUUUUACCCUUUCGUUUAGGGAUAAAAGUAUUGAAAAAAAAUAUGUAAAAGUUCCUGAUCGAAUGCUGACUACUUAUUUUUUAUGUUCGUUAAUCGUAUAUUUCACAAUCUCCGUUGUACAACUUGUGAUUUUACCUAAAUCCUUCGUACUUCUAAUUUGUUUACUUUUCGGAUGGAUUACCGUUCUAAGUAUAAAUUGGAUCACGAACGAGAAAAUUAAACAACGGCAACUUUCACGUAAUUUUCAGUCUGUACCAAAUAACAUUAAAAGUAUAUCAAAGAAAGUGAGACAAAACAGAACUGCCGCCCAGUGUUUAGCAACGAUAAUGAUACUAGUUGUUUAUGGGGCUACUAUAACACCAAUAAUUUUUUACGGAGCUGAAUCGUCAAAUGAUUCGUAUACUAUUAAUGUUACAACUUUGCAUAACGAGUCAAACGCACAUGGUGAUCUUAGUCUGUCUCGUAAUGUUUCAAAAAAUGUUGAAAACGAUACCUUAAUGAUAUCGUCGGUAUCGUCGGUAUCGCCGAAUCUAGUCAAAACUGAUAGCAUUUCUUUGUACAAGUAUUUAACCACGUGUAUUGUAUUAGUGAUGCUAAUGACGGCUGUUUAUCAAGUUUUAAUUAGCAUUUUGAAAUUAUGUAUCCUUCUAGUCAUCAGUAUUGGUUACCUAUUAGCAUGGUUUUUCUUCCUUCACGUUAAAUACGGUGACUCCGAAUUAAGUUCCUACAUAGUUAUAUUUACAAUACUGAUAGGAUUAAUGAUUGCUCUAGUCAUUCAUAGUCAACAAACCGAGGCUACUUAUAGAUUGGAUUUCCUAUGGAAAUUACAAGCCACAGAAGAGAAAGACGACAUGGAACAUUUAGAAGCGUACAAUAGAAAAUUGCUGGCGAAUAUUUUACCUGUACAUGUCGCCGAGCAUUUCCUUUCGGUUGAUAAACCCGUAGAUGAAUUAUAUCACGAGCAGUGCGACUGCGUGUGUAUAAUGUUCGCCUCGAUACCUAAUUUUUCGGAAUUUUACGUCGAACUGGAAUCCAACAACGAAGGUGUCGAAUGUUUACGAUUACUCAAUGAAAUAAUCGCCGAUUUUGACGAAAUUAUCGGCGAAGAUCAGUUCAUGUAUAUUGAAAAAAUCAAAUCGACUGGAGCCACGUAUAUGGCAGCAUCUGGGUUAACCAAAGCCACUUGUGAUAAAGAAGGUUUGAAGCACGUGACAGCCAUGGCAGAUUACGCUCUAAGGUUAAAAGAGCAGUUAUCCUACGUGAACGAACAUUCCUUCAAUAAUUUCAACAUACGAAUAGGUAUAAAUAUUGGCUCAGUGGUAGCCGGAGUGAUCGGAGCUCGUAAACCGCAAUACGACAUAUGGGGUAAUGCUGUGAACGUGGCUAGUCGUAUGGAUUCGACUGGUGUAUUAGAUAAAAUACAAGUUACUCACGAAGUAUACGUAAUAUUAAAAGAAAAAGGAUACCCUUUAACGUGCCGAGGUUCGAUAAAAGUGAAAGGCAAAGGCGAUAUGGUGACUUAUUUUCUAGACGGUUACAGUACCGAAUCAAACCAGCAAAAUGCGUGAUUGAUAAAAGACUAGUUACCUUUUUGUUUUACUGUUUUUAUGUGUUUUUUUUUCUCUUCUUUUAUACAUAUUAUUUAUUUGUUUCGUCGCGUAUAACGAGAUGUAAUUCUAUGUUUACCCAUCUUUGUUCUAGUCUUUAUAUGUGAUGCGAUCUGGGAUAGGGUACCCAAAGUCGGAAAAUUUUUUUUCGUUUUUAUUGUGUCAUUUGAAAGCUUAAAAUGUCAGCUUUUUUUAAAAAAAAAGAUAUUCAGUCUAGCCCUUUUUGCGGCUGAGCAAUGAACAGUUGAAGUUUCUGCUUAAAAAAAGAAAAUUUUGAGAAAAUCAAAAUUCAAAGUUUUUCCUUCAAAAUUUCGAAAAAAAAUUAUUUUCUCGACUUCUACUGCACUAAAUUGGCUGAAAUUUUGAUAUGAUACUUCAAAAUUAUAGACAAUCAAAUUUUAAAAAUUAUGUCAACAUUUGUUGACUAUUUGUUGAAUCAUGUUGAGGGAAACAUAUUUUUUGUACAGAAAAUUUGAAAAAAAAAACAUUAAAAUGCGUAAAAAAUUAAAAUUUUACAAAAACUCACGACUUUAAAAAGAAAUCAGUGAAAAAAAUUAUAAAAAAAUUUUUGCCCGGAGAUGGACUUGAACCCAGGACCUCUGGCGUGAUGGUCCGCUCUCCAGGCAUCUAGCCACCAAGGAAGAUAUGUAACAAUCGUUUUCUAAUGGUAUACAACUAAUUUUAUUGUGAAUUUGACAUAACUAACAGGAAAGAACAGAAGAACAUCAAUUGGGUAGUAGCAAGCGGAAUGGUAGUGGAAGCGCAAGCGGGGGGAAACAACACGCCGACUUUGGGUACCUUUUCUUUUUCAACUUCGUUUGGGUAUUUAAUAGGGAAAAAUAUUUCUUUCAGAGGUAAUUUUUAUGCUAGAUGAUAGCCAAUGGUGUCUAGAACAAGUUUUCAGUGUAACCUGAAAAUUGACAUUUCUCAAUAUCUCAACUGUUUUUUGCUGUAGCACGAAAUUUACUUUUCCGACUUUGGGUACCCUAUCCCAGAUCGCAUCACAUAUAGUUGUUAUUAGGAAUAUUUUUUUUUUAAUUUUCGUUUUGUUUGUUUGUUUUUUUGUCUGUUUUAAUCAAAAAACUAUAUACGUAUCAGUAUUGAAUUUUUAGAAUAAUUAUAAUAAAUACGAAUGUUCAAUGUGAUUUCGUCAAUUUGCCGUUUUUCAAAAUAAGCGAUGAAAGGUACCGUGUAGGUAUUGCCGAGUGAAAUAUUAAAAUAAUUGACUGGUUUUUACCUACCUGCUUAAAUAUUUGCUGCGGACAAAGUCGGCUUAAUUUUCUUCUAUGUGUUAGUGUUUUUCUUUCUUUUCUUUGUUUCUUUUUUAAUUCUGCCAUGUUUUCGUUUUUAACUACCUACGAAAAAAGUAUGUCUUCUAAAACAAACGAAAAAAAAAAACAAAAAAAAAUGUUCAAGGUUUAAAGCUGUGUAUAUAUUUCUGAGAGAUGAUUCUCUUGGCUGUGAAAGUGAUUAUUUUUUAGUAGUAAUGUGUAAUUUUUUUCCAAAGAAUUAUAAUUUUAAUCGCACAUUCAUGUUUUUAGACUAGUGUACACGAAUCGGAAAUAAACUUAUAAUAAAUUGUUCGUGUCGAA